AUGCUGCCCCGAUCACGAGCCUCUGGGCGCCUGAUCCUCGAGCGCUCGGCCGCACACCCAGCUCGAGCGCUGUCCGACUCGAUUCCCCGGGCAUGGACGCUGAGUUCGGCUCUCCGGGCCACGCAGAUCGCCGGCCGUCGCUAUCCCGGAUUACGACCCCGGGUGCCGGGAGCGGCAUUCUCCACAAGCGCAAGGCUGGGCAAGGAAAAGGACAAGAGCAACAACUUUUUCGAUUCUGCCGUCGAGCCGCCGAAAGAGGAGGAGGACGAGGCCAAGGCCAAGCUCGAGAACAAUGCCAAGGAGGAGUCCAAGGCCACCACCGCCGACUCAGUAGCCUCGUCUGCAAAGAAUGAGGGCGGACAGUCGCAGGACGGAAAGCCCAGCGGCGCUGCAGGAAGUGCUGCCGGUGCCGGAUCUGGCGCGGGUGGUGAGGGAUCCGGCGGCGAGGGCGGGAAGCGAGGUCGCAAAGCUGCCGAGAGGGCGCUGUCCAAGCCCGUCAUCCCAGAGGUGUAUCCGCAGGUCCUGGCCAUCCCCAUUGCCCGGCGGCCGCUGUUCCCGGGCUUCUACAAGGCCAUUACGAUCAAGGAUCCUAAUGUCGCAACUGCCAUUACCGAGUCCAUUAAGCGCGGCCAGCCGUAUGUGGGGGCCUUUCUCUUCAAGGAUGAGAACGAGGACGAUGACGUUAUUCGAAACGUCAACGACGUGUACGAUACUGGUGUCUUUGCCCAGAUCACGAGCGCAUUCCCCAUUCACGGACAGGAGGGCGCUUUGACGGCAAUUCUAUACCCCCACCGGAGAAUCAAGCUGUCCAGUCUCGUUGCACCUGGAGGACAGGAUGCGAACAAGGCUGAAUCCAAGACGGAGCCCGAGCCCGAACCGAUACCACAAAAGACUAUUGAGGAGGAUGCCCAGCAAGAGAAGAAGGGUGAUGUGGUGGCAAGCUUCGAAGAGAGUGCCGUGGAGAAGAAGUCUGAGCAGGCGACAGAAAAGUACGAGCCCACCUCGUUCCUCAAGAGAUACCCCGUGAGCCUGGUCAACGUGGAGAACCUGGUGGACGAGCCCUACGACCCCAAGAGCCCCGUCAUCCGCGCCGUGACCAACGAAAUCGUCAACGUCUUUAAGGAAGUUGCUACUAUGAACAAUCUUUUCCGCGACCAGAUUUCCACCUUUUCAAUGAGCCAGUCCACCGGAAAUGUCACCUCGGAGCCUGCCAAGCUGGCCGACUUCGCCGCUGCCGUCUCUUCCGGAGAGCAGAAUGAGCUGCAGGAGGUCCUGGCCUGCAUGAACAUUGAGGAGAGGAUGCAAAAGGCCCUGAUUGUGCUCAAGAAGGAACUUAUGAACGCGCAGCUGCAGUCCAAGAUUACCAAGGACGUUGAGAGUAAGAUUAGCAAACGCCAGCGGGAGUAUUGGCUCAUGGAGCAGAUGAAGGGCAUCCGUCGGGAACUUGGCCUAGAGUCGGAUGGCAAGGAUAAGCUGGUUGAAAAGUUCAAGGAAAAGGCCGCCAAGCUUGCCAUGCCUGACCCUGUCCGCAAGGUCUUUGACGAGGAGAUCAACAAGCUGGCUCAUUUGGAGACUGCUGCCUCGGAAUUCAACGUGACAAGAAACUACCUCGACUGGCUCACUCAGAUCCCCUGGGGUCAGAGGAGUCCCGAGAACUUUGGCAUCCCGAACGCCGUCAAGGUCCUUGACGAGGACCACUAUGGAUUGCAGGACGUCAAGGAUCGAAUCUUGGAGUUUAUUGCUGUGGGCAAGCUCCGAGGUUCGGUUGAGGGCAAAAUCCUUUGCUUUGUUGGACCUCCUGGUGUCGGAAAGACGAGUAUCGGAAAGUCUAUCGCCAGGGCGCUUAACCGGGAGUACUACCGAUUCAGUGUUGGAGGUCUGACCGACGUGGCGGAAAUCAAGGGUCACCGAAGAACAUAUGUCGGUGCUCUUCCUGGCCGGAUCAUCCAGGCACUGAAGAAGUGUCAGACGGAGAAUCCCCUAAUUCUGAUUGACGAAAUUGACAAGAUUGGACGAGGCUACCAGGGAGAUCCAUCUUCGGCUCUGCUGGAGCUGUUGGAUCCUGAACAGAACAGCUCCUUCUUGGACCACUACAUGGACGUUCCAGUUGAUCUGUCAAAGGUCUUGUUUGUUUGCACGGCCAACAUGACCGACACUAUCCCUCGACCUCUUUUGGACCGUAUGGAACUCAUUACCCUGUCUGGAUAUGUCGCGGACGAGAAGAAGGCUAUCGCGAACCGGUACCUCGCCCCGGCUGCCAAGGAGGCGGCCGGUCUGAAGGACGCAGACGUUCAGCUGACUGACGAAGCCAUCGAAGAGCUCAUCAAGUCGUACUGCCGAGAAUCAGGUGUCCGAAAUCUGAAGAAGCAGAUUGAAAAGGUCUACCGUAAAUCGGCACUAAAGAUUGUCCAGGAGCUGGGAGAGGACGCCCUACCCGAAGAGGAGGCACUGACGGAAGAAGGCAAAGCCGCCGCUGCGGAAAAGGCCAAGGAAUUGUCUGCAGAGGCUGAGGACGGCAGUGCAAAGAAGGCUGCUACUGAGGCCAGCGAAAGCGAAACUACAGAGAAGCCACGCAAGCCCCUACAGGUGCCAGAGAGCGUUCACGUCAGCAUCGGCAAGGACAACUUGACAGACUACAUUGGACCGCCAGUCUUUACGUCGGAUCGGUUGUACGACGUGAGCCCGCCCGGAGUCUCUAUGGGCUUGGCCUGGACGCAGAUGGGUGGUGCGGCCAUGUACAUUGAGUCGAUCUUGCAGGCACCCCUUCGACCCAGCUCGCGGCCCGGAUUGGAGAUUACCGGAAACCUUAAGAACGUGAUGAAGGAGUCGACUACAAUUGCUUACUCGUACGCCAAGUCGUUCAUGGUUAACCAGUUUGCGGACAACCACUUCUUUGACAAGGCCAAGAUGCACCUGCACGUUCCCGAUGGCGCCGUUUCCAAGGACGGUCCUUCUGCUGGUAUCACUAUGACCACGUCUCUUUUGUCGCUCGCCUUGGAUACGCCAGUCAACCCGACGGUGGCCAUGACGGGUGAGAUUACGCUCACCGGAAAGGUUCUCCGGAUUGGUGGGCUGCGAGAGAAGACGGUGGCAGCGAGAAGAGCGGGAUGCAAGACUAUCAUCUUCCCUAAGGACAACAUGUCGGAUUGGCUGGAGCUCCCACAGACAAUCAAGGAAGGCAUCGAGGGUCACCCCGUAAGCUGGUACACCGAGGUGUUCAAUCUCGUCUUCCCCGAGAUCGACCGCGAAAAGGCCAACACCUGCAAGAUCUGCGAGUGGAAGGCCCAGCAGAAGAAGAAGGAUGACGCCGAGAACAAGGAAGACGACGACUGA